UUAAGGCUGCUGUCAGAUCUUUUAACUCUCUUAGCUAGCAAACAGGUUCUUCCAACAGUAUUGAAAUGGGAUUGUUGUCAUGUAUGGAUUUAGAGAAUAUAAGAAGUGAACUGUCAGCUGAUAAAAGCAGGCUGAGUCCUCUGUAGAUCCUGGUUAUACAUGCACAGGUGUCUGCACAGAGCAGUGUGAAGGAAUGGGGCCUAAACUGAAUCAGCAAAUUCACUGUCUCCUCAUGAAGCACAAAUCUCCAGUCAGAAACAUCAAUCAAACAAAGUAUUCUGGAGACCACCUGUGACUGUUUUCAAGAUAGUGCCACUUAAUGAGGUUAUGGGAAAGAAGGAGCCAUGUCAGAAGAAGCUGUUACUGAGGCACGAUUUUCUCUGAAGACAGUAGCCUUACGGGUAUUUCAUCUUCCCCUUUCCUGGUAUCAUUCUCUCAACCAGCUAAAGCUCUCACCUGGGUUAAAGAAGCUUUUCACGGUAACAGCAGUGAGUACGAUAUCUGUUAUUUUUCUGGCCCAUCACUUUAAAAGAAGACGUGGAAAGAAAAACAAGAAAGUGCCAGCAUGGGAACCAAGUCAUCUGGUACUAGAGUGUACUAAAGCAGCUGCAUCAGAAAAAGGUUCUAGUUGUUCCAGUAGUCGGCAAAACUUGACCCUUUCUCUGAGCUCUGUGAAGGAAAAAGGAUCUCAGUCUUGUAUCUAUGCAAAUGGAGGACUUUUCAGUAAAUGCUCUGGUUCAGUUCAAAGCCUGGCCUCGGUUCAGAGUGCCACUUCUUGCCACAGUUGUGCUUGUGGCAAUUCAAAUUCCUGGGAUAAAGCAGAUGAAGAUGAUAUUAAGCUUGUCAACAUUCCAGUGACCACACCUGAAAAUUUGUACUUGAUGGGUAUGGAGCUUUUUGAAGAAGCACUGCGCCGGUGGGAGCAGGCACUAACUUUCCGUAACAGGCAAGUUGAAGAUGAAGCAAGUUGUGGUUCCAUUAAGCUGGGAGCAGGAGAUGCAAUUGCAGAAGAAAGUGUAGAAGAUAUCAUUAGUGCUGAAUUCAUUCAUAAGCUCGAAUCCCUUCUUCAAAGAGCUUACCGUCUUCAGGAGGAGUUUGAAGCCACCCUUGGGGUCUCUGAUCCUGCUUCUCUAGGUAAUGAUAUUGAUAAAAAUACAGACAUUACUGUAAAGGAUAAUAUGGAUGAUUUCGGCCUUCGAGAUACAUUAAGCAUUGCAUCAACAGACUCCUUUGUUUCCACAGCUGAGCUUACAGAGCACAGAGAGAUUCGGAAUACGUAUGGUCUUGAUUCCCUUUGCCAUUGCCCAUUGUAUGAAGAAGCUAUGCACUUAGCAGAGGAAGGCAAAAUUUAUUCACGAGUGUUAAGGACUGAAAUGUUUGAAUGUCUAGGAGACAGUGACUUCCUUGCUAAGCUCCACUGUAUUCGACAAGCUUUUCAGGUAAUUCUUUCAGAGACAGCAAACAGAAUAUUUCUUGCUGAAAGUGGAAGAAAAAUUUUGUCUGCUUUAAUUGUGAAAGCACGAAAGAAUCCAAAGAAAUUUGAAGAUGUGUUUGAUGAAAUGAUAUAUUUUCUGGAACAAACAGAUCACUGGGAUAAUACUGAAAUGGAACUUGCUGCUACAGGAGUGAAAAACCUGAAUUUUUAUGAUGUCGUUCUGGACUUCAUAUUAAUGGAUUCAUUUGAAGAUUUAGAAAAUCCACCAAUAUCUAUACAGAAUGUAGUAAAUAACCGCUGGCUAAAUUCCUCUUUCAAAGAAACAGCUGUGGCUUCAAGCUGUUGGUCAGUCCUGAAGCAGAAGAGACAGCAAGUGAAGGUGCCUGAUGGAUUUUUUGCACAUUUCUAUGCUAUAUGUGAACAUAUCAGCCCUGUUUUGGCAUGGGGCUUUUUGGGUCCUAGAAACUCCCUUUAUGACCUAUGCUGCUUCUUCAAGGAUCAAGUGCUUUUCUUCCUCAAAGACAUUUUUGAUUUUGAAAAGGUGAGAUACUCAACUAUGGAGAGUUUGGCUGAAGAUCUUUUGCAAUUAUUAAUCCGACACACUGAACUUUUAAUGGCCUAUCUUGGAACAGAUUCACUGAGACAUGUCAAUACUUGUGUAAGUGGUCCUGGGCAUGUCGUGACCAGUGGGCUCUUAGAAGCAAAAGUACAGUAAGCUUAAAAUCAUUGACAAAUGAAAUGGAGUGUGCCUGAUAUACUCCUUCCCACCUUUCUCUCUAACACUGAAGUUAUCAUUGCUGUUACUGAGCAAGCGUCUGAAAAUGUAUCAUGUUGCUAAGUAUGGAAAAGGACUCAGGGAGGUUAAAUGUACAUCUGUGAAAAGAACUGGUGAGCAUAUUGUUGUAUAUACCUAAAUUAAAUUUGCAGCUCCGCUGUCA